AUGAGGAAGAACAGCGACGGUUCUCAGAAACCGGCGAAUUCUGACGGAGUUGUGUCGCGAUCAGCUCGGAGUUCGUUUCGUGCUUUGUCUAACUGCCUUAGGGUGAUUUCUUCCGGUGCUUCCACGGUUGCUCGCUCCGCCGUAUCCGCCGCUUCUUCCGCCGUUAACAUUGAGUCUCUUCACGAUCAGGUACUAUGGUCGGGGUUUGAUAAGCUAGAGAAAGAGGAUGGUGAUACUAGAAGAGUUCUGCUACUUGCAUUUCAAUCUGGAUUUCAAGUUUGGGAUGUCGAAGAAACAGGGAACGUUCAUGUCAUAGUUUCUGCUCAUGAUGGACAAGCAUUCUUUAUGCAAAUGCUACCGAACCCGGUGAAGUCGAGAGUUUUAGAUGACAAGUUUUCUGAGAGCCGUCCGCUUUUGGCUGUGUGUGGUGACAGUUCUUGGGAAGAAACUUCGAGUAGACAGAGCAUUUCUGAUAACCCCGGAAGUGAAACAGUAGUUCCAACAAAUGUCUAUUUCUACUCGUUAAAAUCUCAGUCUUAUGUGCAUACGCUGAAAUUCCGGUCUAUCAUCUAUACGGUUAGGUGCAGUUCUCGGAUUGUUGCUGUACUACAAGCUGCUCAGAUACAUUGCUUUGAUGCUACAACAUUGGAGAAGGAUUACACGCUUGCCACUAACCCCAUUGCAUAUGGCUCCUUGGGUGUUGGAUAUGGUCCUCUUGCAGUUGGUCCACGAUGGAUUGCUUACAGUGGAAGUCGUAUUCCUAUCUCAAGUUCUGCAGUUUUCAGUCCAGAACUUGUCUCACUGUCAUCAUCACCGACUGUUGCACAAUUUGCAAGAGAAUCGAGCAGGCAGAUCGCUUCUGGGAUCGUAAAUCUUGGAGACAAAGGGUACAGGUCAAUUACUAGAUACUGCGCAGAGGUUCUGCCGAAUCCGUAUAUUCCUGGUUUUAAAGGCAUUGGAGGAGUUAAUGACAAUGUGCCAGACGUGGAUAGCAUAGGAAUGGUUAUUAUCAAGGAUAUCAUAAGCAAAGGCGUCAUAGCACAGUUCAAGGCACACAAGAGUCCGAUUGCAGCUUUGUGCUUUAAUCCAAGUGGCAUGCUUUUGGUGACUGCGUCGAUUCAGGGCCACAACAUUAACGUUUUUAGAAUGAUGCCAAGAAUCUCUACAAGUAGUGAUGCCACCACAACGUCUUUUGUGCAUCUGUUCAGGCUUCAACGCGGUUUCACUAAUGCGGUGAUACAAGACAUCAGUUUCAGCAAUGAUAGCAAUUUGAUAAUGGUUAGCUCUUCAAGAGGGACAAGUCAUCUGUUUGAGAUUAAUCCUGUGGGAGAGGUGGAUUCUCCAGUUCCUCUAUCAGCGAUUAAUAGGAUAAGAAGUGGAAAUAGCAGCGGAUGGAUUGGAACCAUGAGCGGUGCUGCAGCAGCUGCAGCUGGAAUGGUUGGAGGCUCUCUUCCGGGUGCAAUCGCAUCAGCCUUCUGUUACUGUGAUGAACAGAAUAACAACUACUAUGGUUCUGCUUCUGAUAAUAGCUCCAAGAGGAAUCUGCUGGUUUUUGCUCCUUCUGGAUGUAUGACACAGUAUGCAAUACGGGCAAAUCCAGGUGGGGUUGGUCAUGAGGCUGCAGUGAUGACGAGGUUUGAUUUUGAGUCGGGUUUAGAGACUGAAGGGAAAUUAGCGGUUGAGCCGAUACAGAGGUGGUCCAUAAUCCAAAACCAAUCUAGAAGAGAGAUGCAGGAUCAGCAGAGUGACAUAUAUGGAGGUGGAACAAGUUCGGAUUCAAAAAGUAAAGUGUUUCCUGAGGUUGUAAGAAAGCAGAGUGUUGAGGAAGCGUGGAGAAUAACUAAGAAAGGGAAGGCCCGUGUGGAGGAUAAGCAUCAGUUGUAUAUUUCUGAAGCGGAAUUGCGAAUGUAUCAGCUGACUCAGCUACCGCUAUGGGCAAGGCGAAAGUUUCGGUUUCAAGAAAUGGUGUUGAGUCGGGAUGAAAAGAAUAGUGGUGGACAAGGGGAAAUGGAGCUUGAAGGAAUCCAAACUCGUACGAUUGAAGCAAGAACAAGAGAUUUGGUUCCAGUCUUUGGUUUUCUCUACUCUCCGAAAUCCGAACAAGUGAUUCGAGAAUCGUUGCCACUUCUAGGGAACACUAGACAAGGUGACCAAGAGGCUCCUCUGGAGGGCCAUGGAAGAGAGACUGUACAUAGCAAAGAAGAGAUCUUGAGAUCAGAAGAAGAGACUCAAAGCAAGCCUGUUCAAGUUCAACAACGGAAGAAGAAGAAAACAUAA